GAAAUCGACUGCAAGCACACAUCAGGACACGAGAUAAUUAUUCUGUGAUUCAGGAAACAUGGUGGACAAAGUUUACAAGAAGACCAGUGGUAAUGGUCAGCUCACUCUGUACCUGGGAAAGAGGGAUUAUAUUGAUGAGGUGGACAGCGUGGAGCCUGUUGAGGGUGUGGUGAAGAUCGACCCCAAAGACCUGGGGGACCGGAAAGUGUGGGUUCAGCUGUGCUGUGCAUUUCGAUAUGGUAAUGAGGACCUGGACGUGAUCGGGCUGAUUUUCAGGAAGGACAUCUGGAUUAAUCACGUUCAGAUUUAUCCUGACGUUGGAUACAAACCACAACUCACUGACAUGCACAACAUACUGCUGAAGAAAGCUGGAGAACAAGCAUACGCCUUCACCUUCGAUAUCCCAACCAAUCUUCCGUGUUCCAUUACACUGCAGCCCGGACCUGACGAUCAGGGGAAGAAGCCCUGCGGCGUGGACUUCGAGGUGAAAGCGUAUGUAGCUAAACAGGCUGACGAUCCGUCCGAGAAAAUUGAUAAAAAGGACACGUGCCGUCUGCUUAUCCGUAAGUCUCAGUAUGCUCCGUUGAACACAGGAACCGGACAGAGAGCAGAACUCUGUAAGAGCUUCAUGCUGUCAGACAAAUCGCUGCUGCUGGAGGCGUCUCUGGAGAAAGACAUUUAUUACCAUGGAGAAACCAUUCCUGUUAAUGUGAAGGUAAAGAACGACACCAACAAAGUGGUGAAUAAAAUCAAAAUUACUGUUGAACAGACAACAGAUGUGGUUCUUUACUCUGCUGAUAAAUACACCAAAUCUGUACUGAAUGAAGAGUUUUCGGAGACGGUGGAUGUGAACUCAACAUUUGAGAAAGUUUUACGCAUCACACCGCUUCUGACUCAGAACAGAGAGAAACGAGGACUCGCUGUGGACGGAAAACUAAAAUAUGAGGACACUAACCUGGCGUCCACCACCAUUUUGAGGCCAGGGAUGGAGAGAGAGGUUUUGGGAAUCAUGGUUUUUUAUAAAGUCACAGUUCAUCUGCUGGUGUCUGGAGGAGGCCUGUUGGGAGGUCUGACUGGCAGUGAUGUGUCAGUGGAGUUGCCUCUGACUCUGAUGCACCCCAAACCAACAGCAUGAGUGCUCAGGACUGAUGACAGAUCUCUCGUGUAGUUUCCUCAAACAGCAACAUGGAGAAAACGUGAAGCUCUGUCACCUGGGCAGUACCAAAGUACCGAAGCACUGAAUUACCACAUGACCGGAGUACUGAAGACAUGAAGCAGUGUCUCAGUUCUGUAGCUUAGUGUUUAACAGAAAUGUGGAGGUUUUAGUACCAGGUUCCUUCAGUCACUCAUAAUCAUCAUCUAUAACACACCAUCAGUACUCACUCAGUACAAACACACACACACACACACACACACACACACACACACACACACACAGUCUGAAGAGUGCAACAUUCUCCUGUAACUCAUCUUAAUGUGCUUUUUGAAAGUGAAAUGUGACUGUAAUUGUGUAAUUGUAGUAAAAAUCUUUGUGUGAGUUAAUAAAUAAAAACGAUGACUGAAACACCACAGUAUCAAAUAAAAACAUAUAAAAC